CUGUCCCUUCUAUCAGAACCCCGACCCCCCCCUUCCCCAAUCCCAUCUCACCUCACCUCCCCUCCCUGCUCUGGCUAUAGACGGAGUGAGUAAUGCAGUCCUUCCGUGAGCGCAGCGGUGGUUACCACAGCAACCAACCCUGCUACCAGCAGGAACCCCAUGAAUUAUCCCGCCUGGAGACCUACCGGCAACACCCGCAUCAUCCCCACCCCCAACAUCCGCACCCAGGCCCUGGUCCACAUCCAGGCCCAGGCCCAGGGCACACCAGGCCAGGCUAUGAGGCCCAUUCUUUGGCAAACGCAGCUAACAUGCCUCCAGCUGCAGGAGCAGGAAUUGGAGGAGGAGCCAAGGACUGUUACAGCCAGCAAUCCUAUGCUGGUUACCCAGGAAAUGGUGGAGGGAAUGGGAAUGGAAAUGGGGGCUCAACACCUUCGCACACAAAGAAAUCGUUUAGAGGGAGCAAAGUGCCCCCACCAAGUCCCAGUCAGCACUUACAGGGUCCAGGGGGCUACAGCAACCACAUGGGCCCUGGGAAUUAUUCAGCCCAGUACAUGAGUGAGGGUCAUCUCCAACAGAAGUGGGACGACCCAGGCCACUUAGCACAGUAUGAGCAGGAGAUGGUGGGACGUUUGGAGGCUGGCAGCACACCUGCGUCUGGCUCCUCCCAAUACAUUGACCCAAACAUACUGGCACACUCCCAGGCCCAAUGCCACCAGUCUUCUGCCCCUAAUUAUACAAGCCCACACCACCAGCCCCACCCUCCAAAUCCAGCACCUUCCCCUCUGAUGUAUCCCCAAAGUCACCUGCACUACCCACAGCACUCGCCCAGUCCCUCAUCGUACAUGGAAAAGUGCAGUCCGAUGCCACACUGUUUCAAAGGUUACAGUAUGCCUCAGAAUUCCCAGUAUGGCAGGCAAAUGAGCAGCCUUGGCAAUUUAAAGCAAGGGGGGUACAGGUCAACACAGAAUAGUUACGGUUUCCAGCCACCACCUACUAGGGGCUAUGAACAGCAGACUUCUUUGCAGACAAUGACCAGUCCCCAAGAACCUCAUCCUAAAUACCAACACUACAACCAACCCCAACAAAACUACUGUCUUUCAGAGCUGCCUGUCAGAUCACCAGAACAGUACUAUCAGACGUGUAGCCCAUCCUCAAGCCACUCUCCUGCACGCUCUGUAGGGCGCUCACCCUCUUAUAGCUCCACCCCCUCACCACUAAUGACUAAUCCAGAAUCUUUUCAGUAUGCCCAACCACCCAUCACACCUGGAGCAGCCUCAUCCUCAUCAUCCUCUUCAGCUGGUAUGCAGGAGCAAGCCAGCACCAACACAAUGUUGAUGCCCCCACGAUCCCAUCCUUCACCUAAUGUACCCCAUGGGGCUCCCCACAGCUAUACAUCCGCACCUCCAGUCCCCACCAUGAAAGAACGUUUCUCAGAGAAGCUAUUGUCAAAUCCCAGCUUGUGGAGUCUGAAUGCCCUCACCUCUCAGGUGGAGAAUAUCUCCAACAAUGUCCAACAACUACUGCUUUCAGAGGCACUAGUUGCAAACAAGAAGAUUGGCAAGCGCAGCAGUGGCGGUAGCAAUAGUAGUGCUGGAAGUGUAGCCUCCUCCAAGAAGGGUGAAGAAUACAAAAGUCCUUCAUACCCAGAUAGCGCUACUAGUGUGGGUGGGGGCCCCAUACAGGAUCCCUUUUCCACCCCACAGCACCAGUCAUUGCCGAUGGAACUCCAUGAAGGUGGAUACUCAAGCAGUAGUGAUGAACCACUGGACAGGGGCUACUACUACUUUGGUCAGGGCAGAAGCCCAGCCCAGGCCCACAACAAUACACAACUAAGUCUGGAAACAGCCUCCUCCUGCUCCAUGGCAUCUCCAGACGAUAUGUCUACCAGAUCUGGGGACUCAGGUCUGCAUAACCCUACCCCUGACCCUAACAGAUGUCAGACAGGCCAGGGAAGAGAUGGCAUGAGUACUCCAGUGAAGAGUUUUAGUGAAGAGACAUCUCCAACAAGUAUUAAAAUCCCCAGUCCUAUGAAGCAGGAACGAGAUUCCCCAUCAGAUAUAUUAAAUAUCACUGAACCUGUCAAAGAGAAUUUUGAAGAAUCAGCCUGGACAGAAAAAUCAGGUGACAAAGAGGAGGUAACACCAGAAAAAACAUCGGACUGUGAAGGGAAUUCAGACUCAAGUCAAUUCACAGAGAAGCUAGAGAAAUGGUCAGAUGAAGAAAAAUGCCUGGCUGUGUACAGUAAAGUGAACACAACUGUGACAGAAAAAAGCUAUUGCUACGAUGACACAGUGUACGAAGAGGUCCAGGGUAAAUAUGAUCCUGAUGUAAAAGACCCGGGGGAGCAGUCUCCUGCUGCUUUCUCUAAAUCCAGCUGCAAAGAUCCCUUUAGUAAAGAAAUCAAACCAGAAGCAUUCAAAUCAGAAUCACCAACUACAUCUGAAAGCUCCAUGAAAACAUUGCCUUUCAUUUCAAGGAGUGACUUUGAACAGGAUCAAUAUUCCACCGAAAAGGAGGACAGCUCAGAGACCACCUCUCCAGCCCCUCAUAUUCAAGCAGUGGAUGACUGUAACUCAGACAAGAGAGAGAGCAAAGAUCUGGAAAAUGAAGCAGAGGGAGAAGAGGAGGGGAGAGGACAAGAAAAAACAUUUGAUGAAGAAGAAAAGCAAAUGCAGAAAAAGCAGAGAGGCUCUUUUUCCCCUCUUUCGUCUGGAGAGGUUAGGGAAGAACAAGAGGAAGAAGAAAAAGGGAAUCAGUCAUUAACUGAGGAGUAUGUGAAGAAUAGAGAUGGCCAAAAGAAGCUUUCAGGAGAUACCUGCAACAGAACAGAGAAUCAGGGUUCUGAGCUUCACACGGACAAUGACUAUGCUGGUGUACCUGCCCAUCCAAAUGCAGCAGCAAUAACUGCAACAGCAGAUGCUUCUACACGAGAGUCUGCCAUUGGUGACACUGCCCCUCAGCCUCAGUCUGCCAUGCCAGUCUUCUCUGCUCUAAAUGACAAGGCAGCACCUCCAGCUCAGGCUAGAGAACAUAUUGAUCACAGUGACGCUAAAGUCCUGGAGCCUGACUCUCCUCAGCUGCCAGGGAAAUCAAUACUCCCAUCAGCCCCUUCCUGGGCAGACACCCCACCUUCUCCAAAAAAAGGUGAUGAGGAUAUGGAACCAGGUAUCAGUUGUGCCAGUGCUGUGACCCCACUGACUAAACCAGAGCCUGUGGCCCCCUCCCCUCAGCCAAGAGCAUUUGGACGGAAACAUGCAAGGGGCAGAAGAAGAAUAUUGCCUUCAGGCGUUGGAAUGAGGAGACAGCUUGGCAUGGAGAGGGAGAGAGAGAAAGAAGAGGAAGGCGUCAACUCACCAACACAAAAAACUAUCAUGCCUCAAAGCAAGACUAUGCUAUUGUCAGAUCAAACUAACCUUACUCACCAUGACUCCAUUGUGAACCAGACACCCAAAAUGCUGACAGAUGGUUUUAGUUCAAGGAUGUGCACUCGCUCCUUCAAUGCACCGGAUAUUCCACUCAAAGCUGAGCCUAAUGUGAAGAGAAAACCAGGCCCUAAACCUGGUUCAAAGCCUGGGCCAAAACCUGUAGCAAAACUAGGCCCUAAAUCAGUAGCAAAGUCAGGGCACAAACCUGCCCUGAAACAUGGCCCAAAACCUGGUUCAAAACCCAGUCCAAAACCAGGACAUAAGACUGUGCCAAAUGAAACCGAACUGCCACAAAAGGUUGAAACUAAUGUGAAACGGAAACCAGGGCCAAAACCAGGUUCAAAACCCGGACCUAAGCCUGGAUCAAAACUUGGUCAAAAACCAGGCCUAAGGCCAGGUGCAAGACCAGGACAAAAACCCGGAGAUGUCUUAUCACUUACAGACACUGGACCCAUCAAAGUACCAGUGGGUCGCCCCAAAGGCUCAAUAUCUAAAGUAAAAUUAGUGCAACAAGAGGACACUAUUCAGUUGAAAGGAAUGCAAAGCAGGGCAAGGAAGAGCCUACAAACCCCUCUUACCCAAAUAAAUCAGGACAUAAAAUUAAUACAAGAGAAGGAACAAGCACAACAUGAGGAAAAGGCACCAGAAAAAGAUGGCAAAAACAUGGUUUUGAGAUCUAGAAAGCCCUCACAGGAAAGACUGCUUAAAGAAAAAGAGAAAAUCUUAAGACAGGAAAUUCAAACUCAGACACUAACAGACACAAAAGCUGUGGAUGUUUUUUCAAAGGUACAAGAGCCCAUAGCUAUGGAACAAUUUUUAACUGCUGGCCUUGAUGAAGUUAAAACAACAGAUGUUUCUGGAGAUUCGCAAAUAUCGCCUGUUCCGCUGGUCCAAUCAGAGCAGUCUGAAGAAAAUACAUCCAUUCUACUCAAGAGAAAAGCAAGCCCGAAAAUGUAUUCAACACCGCUAAAGAAAAAGAGAGGUCCAAAGCCCAAACCAAAAACCUCAGAUCCUCAACCCAUCCCACUGGAACAAGGUGUCCCCAUACCUAUAGAAAAAAGUAACAGAACCCCCAAAAGAAGACGGGGACCAUCCAAGAAAACUUCUGUGGUCACUCCUGUAACCAAAGACAUUCCUACAAGCAUCAGUGGGCCUGACAUCAUCAGCGAUGUUCCUGUUGUGGCCCCUCAAUGCCCAACUAAGACGAAGGUUCUUCCUCCUCGAAAAGGGAGGGGGCAAAAAUAUGAGGCCAUGGUACAGAAGAUCACAUCUCCUGGCUCAAAGAAACACCUCCCAAUUCCCCAACAAGACAGCAACCUAACUGAUGAAGUGACAGCCAAGAAUUUGACUGAACUUGUGUCCAAGGAGGGUGAGACAUCCAUUCAGAUAAAUAACUCUGAGUUGAUAAAGUCUGGAAAAGAGGGAGUUAAACAGCUAGAGGAGGCAGUCAAAAAAGAGGAGAAGAUAGAAGAAAAGGACCAUGAAGCGAGAAUAGACAACUCAACACCAGAGAGUGUGGGGCAAAGUGUAGAAUGUGAGGGUGGUAAUAUGAAUGAAACAAGACAGGAUAACAGUACACCAGGUACACAGCAGGAUGUGGAUGAAAAAGUUUUUAUUUCAAUUGAGACCCCAUUAGAGGCUGGGCCUCCAGGUGAGUGGAAACAACAGACAUCAGAAAGUAUAUCUGAUGCUGCUUCCACAUCCACGAGAACUAAAAGGAAGAGAUGGGCUAUGGUGGAGAGUACAGAUGCCUCCAUGGUGGCCCUGGAAGCUGGAAGUCUAAUAGUCACAACACCAAGGCUAGCCAAGCAAAGGGCCAUAAAAAAUAACCAUGAAAUGCACCUUAAACAGAGGCGGAAGAAGAGGAAAGAUCAUUCCCCUAUAGAGGAGAAAGAAUCGGGAGAGGAGGUAAACAUUGAAACAGCAGAAAAACAAGAAAGAGUAGAAGAGAAGGUGACCCCUAAAGAGUCCGCAAUAUCACUGCAAAAUAGUCCUGAUGAGAUUAUAGAGUCCCCCCAGGUUGUCGGUACAGAUCUUAUCCAAAAACCACGUAGAGGCCGAAAACCUUCAACAAAUCCAACUAAAAGGAAAAGAAACAAAAUAUCAUCAGAACAGAGUCCUGGCAAACCAGCAAAGAUCCACAAAAAACCUGGGCCAAAACCUGGGAUGAAAGAUGCUAUUGAAGUCAUUGAGGCAGUAGUAAGGGCAGCUGGAUGUGAGCAAGAAAAAAAAGAGGAAAGAGAAAAAGAAGAAAAAGAAAGAAGGGAAAGAGAGUGUACAGAAAAAGAGGAGACAUGUAUUUUGGGUCCUGUUGUAACAGUAACAGAAAAACAAACUGAAGUCAUUUCUGUGAAGAGAUUCCGCCGCAAGCCAAUCCAUCAAAAUUCAAAACUGUCUUUCUGUCCUUAUGUACGUAUUAACAAUUCCAGAGACUUUUCCUCUUGGUGCGCAAUAGUCAAUAAGCCUGAGGAUGCAGUGAUAUUUCAAAGACGUAGAAAAAAGGGCAUACUUAGAAUGAGGAAUCCUUUCACAGUUGCAAAGGUAGUUCCACAUACUGCUGCCAUGCUGCAAGGGCCCACGGUAAAUCAAAAACUAAUUGAUAAAUGUCUGACAUGUUGCCUAUGUGGAAAGCCAGCAAAUUACAAAGACCUCGGUGAUUUGUGUGGGCCUUACUACGCAGAGGAUAGCAUUCCACGGAAAGUUUUGACUAUCACACACACAGAAUCCUUCAGGGAAGAGCCAGACAAGACCACUGACAACAGUUCUAGCACCACUGAGGAGCCAGGUACUUCCUCAAAGGAUGAAGGUGAGACAAAUGCAAAAAAAGAGGGAGAUACAGAAUCACCCUCUCAAGAGACCAGCAGUAGCAGGCACCACCACUGGCGCCACCGACGGGCAGAGAGAGCCGAGAGAUUGUGCCGGGAAGGGGGUCCACGAAGAUUAACUCUUCGAGAGAGGUUCAAGAGAAUAAAGCAGCUCCAGACCAUCAGCACCGAGGCCUCGAGGGACCAAGGGGCCAGUGGCAGUAUGUUCCAAAGGCUACAAAUGGAGGCAGAGGCUAAGGAGCACUGGGCUCAUGAAAACUGUGCUAUCUGGACCAAGGGGAUAAUUAUGGUGGCUGGAAGGCUAUUUGGACUGAGGGAGGCUGCAAGCAACUCAGCCCAAAUGAGCUGCUACAAGUGCCAGAUUGUGGGGGCGUCCCUCAGCUGCUGUUGGAGAGGCUGCUCUCAUAAAUACCACUAUGUCUGCGCCAAAGAGAUAGGCUGCACAUUCCACGAGGAUGAUUUUUCCAUCAAAUGUCCAAAACAUGAGGACCUGUAAGAUAACCGCGUAUUCCACUCUCACCAUCACCACCAUCCUGCCACCUGUCCAACCGAACAGAAUGCUGUCCUGACAUCCACUGAAAACACAGAGAUUGCUGAUGAUGGACAGAUUUGCCGGCCAGCGGCUCACUGGGGUAGAACAGGGAACAGAACAAACUCUGGAGAACUGCUCUGCAGAAAACAGCUGCUCCCCGAGCCCGGACAUGAAACAAAUUUUGUCGGUGAAGUCCCUCACAGCGAACCAGAAGGCAGCGGCGCUGUUAAACAGGAACACGCGGCUUUGUCUGGAGUUCAGAGCAAACAGGGACUGUUUGAAAUGCAGAGCAAGGAAGGUGUGCGUGUAUGUGUGUGUGUGUGUAUGACUAUGAGUGUGUGUGUGUCUCUGCCUCUGGAUGGGUUGCUAUCAUCCUCGGACAGCCGGCGGACACUGAUUGGGCAGGAACGUCCCUCUGGCCGCCUCGUCUGUAGGCCAGCGGGUGCACGUGUUUGUGAUUGAGUUUCCGUGCGUGCGUCAUCUUACAACCACAUCACCACCGUGCGUUUGUGUACAUGUGUCUGAGUGUGAAGAAGUGCAUCUCCAAUUCAACACACCAUCCAAGAGAAGAAAAAAGAAAAAAGAGAAAAAAAAAUACAGCACCCAAACCUGGAUGUAUUAUCUCAAUGUGUGCGUUUGUGUUUAAAACAUGAGACAAAAUUAAACAAUUAAGGAAACUGUACAUGAUGAUGUGCUUUACAGGCUCUAAAUAUUCCGGUAUCCAAGAGUAAAGAAAAAAAAAACAGACGCAGUAUUUUACUAUAACGCUCUUUUCUUCGGAGAUGUAUUUUGAUGUGCAUUAUGACUAAACAACAUCAUCGCGUCACCAUUGGUAUUUGUCAGGCUUUGUGUUAUUUCAAUUGUGUGCACAUUCAAUAUACCUACAGUAGAUGCCACCACCAUCGUGACUUGAGGGGACGACGACCAGGGCUCCGGAGAUCCAACGGGGGAGUCGGAUCAUUUCACUUCAUAACUAUGUACAGUUUGGAUGUAUUUAUCGUUCAACAUUUCCGUGAUUAUUUCACAUAUCACAGCCAUGCAGAAAGACGUGCUUUCGAUUCUGAUUUCAGAACAUACCUGUCUGUUUGUGUAUUUAAAAUGUAGCCUCUUCUCAGCCUGCCAUGCUAUAUAACAGCGCACUGUGCAGGGCAUCAGUUACAGUUCUGGUCAUAUCAAAAAGAGACAUAUUUAAGUAUUAAAACAGAAAAGAAAGUGCAAAAACACCACACCAAACAUUCUUUUAUGAAGCUCAUUAUUUAAUGGUGUACAUAAGUAUUUGAUGCUGUUUAAAUGUAAGAUGUGAUGUACUAAUAUAAUUGUGUAUAGUAUUUCUUAGAGAUGUUUAUUUUCUAUAAAAUGGAAUAUGUUAUUGCUUAUAAAAUGUUAUUAAAAGAAUCCAUUGAAGAAAAAAAAAACUUUUUGGGAAUGUCACUUGUCUUAAGUGGGAGCAUGCCGUUAUAUUGAUUUUCAUGUCUAUUUGUUUGGACUUGAUGACACAGCAUCACUUUGUUUGAAAUGUUUUUUGUAACGCCAAUGUUAAAUAUACCAGCACCUUUCAAUGCUG